AUGCUCAGCAAAAGAUCUAUGGUCAAUUUGAUUCGAUCAAGCUUCGAGAAGUUCUCAACAAACAAGCUUGUGUUGCCACUCUCCAAAACGUCUGUGGUUAGCAAUUCAUUGAUCAAAGUGGACAAGCGAGUAUUUAUGGUGUCUGCUUUUCAUACCAAUUUAAAGCCAUCGGAGCAACAAAAGCAACCAUCAUCUGCAGAUAAGAACAAAAAUUUAUUUAUCUACGAAGAAGAGAAGGAUUUAGAAAAGGAAGUGGUUCCAACAGAAGUUUUCAAAGAUGAGAAGGAACGUAUUAUGGAUGAAGAAGGAGUCAACAUUCCAUUACUAGUUAAAUUUUGGAAAAUGUAUUUUGUUCGUUAUGCUGUAAUUUCAACUUUGAUAUUUGGAGUAAUUUAUAUUGUUUGGGAGGUCACAAGCUGGCUUAGCUCUAUUACGUUCAAGAAUGUAGCAACUGUAUCCUUCUAUUUUGGGUUUUUAAGUGCUCUCAUGUGUUGUGGAGUAACAUGGCUUGCUGUUCUUGCAUUUAGCAUUCAUCCUUCCACUGUGUACAGAGCUGCCAUCAAAAAGGUAUUGGCUAACAAAACCCUUCGAGAUAACAUGGUUACACCCUUAACUCCAGGAAAAUUCAGAGCAUACAGUUAUACCUAUCCUGAUUUCAACAACGCUCAUGAAGUUCCUCUCGUCAGAAGAAUUCAAUUUUGGAAACCAAAACGUAUGCAACUUUGUUUCCAACUGGUAGACGCCAACAAAAAAACAGCCAUGAUUUCAUGCGACGUGUCGAGAAAGGACGGAAUUAUCAAUUUAUUAAGAAAUAGAUUUACUUUCCACUCAUUAAUUGUGGACAUCCCAGACAGAGAAGACAGAUUAUUUUUGAGAGGAACAGACCAAGACGCUGUCUAUGAAAAUGCAAGUGACAUGAAAUUAAAUUAA